AAUUACAUCAAGCUUUUGCAUCAUGAGGUCACAAGGACAGAACAGGAAAGAAUGGGAGGAACUAGCUUGACUUGACCCAGGUCUCUCCGUGUCUCUGCAUGUUUCUGCAGGAGGUGCUUGGCAAACUGCAAAUACCAAGGACAGCAGCCUGUGUGGAAAACUACCCCACAACAAGAACCUUUCAGUCAGAUAAAUUAGUCACUAAGCUAGUUUGGUAGGCAGUCCUGGCUUGGACUCCCUGAUAGAAGAGUCUCUGUGACCCAACGGGACCUCUCCUGGCUAAAGAAAGGUUCAAUAAAAAGCAAAGUUAGUCAGGGAAGCCAAAGUGGCAAAUUACUUUUCAGUUAGUCUACUGUAGAUGAACUGUCCGCUAUUCUGGCAAUAACCAAGUCGGUCGGUCACACACACAGGGGUCCUGGAGCAUGGGCCUCAACAUCCCUGGUUUGAUAGCCACUGUGGCCUUCUAUGUGGCUGUGCUGGCCACAGGAAUAUGGGCGUCCAGGAGAGCGAAAGCUAAAGUAACCACGGGGACUGUCACUGAAGUGGCUCUGCUGGGGGGGCGCUCCAUCAGCCUGCCCGUGGGGAUUUUCACCAUGACCGCUACCUGGGUUGGAGGAGGGUUCAUUCUUGGAGUUGCUGAAGCUGUCUAUAGCCCACAAAAGGGUUUUGUUUGGGCACUGAUGCCAUUCUACUAUUCUGUGUCAUUUAUAAUAGGUGGUUUAGUAUUCGCUAAACCCAUGAGGGAGAAGAAGUACAUCACAAUGAUGGAUCCUUUUCAGAUCAAAUAUGGCAAACGUGUGGCUACUUUGAUGGUGAUCCCCGGCAUCAUUGUGGAUGUGUUGUGGGUCGCUUGCACUCUUAUGGCAUUGGGAGGAACGAUGAGCACGAUCCUCGAUUUGCCGUAUGCCUACUCAGUGGUCUUGUCCGCAGCAGUAGCAAUACUCUACACUCUCCUUGGGGGGCUCUACUCCGUCGCCUACACAGAUGUCAUCCAAUUAGUCCUUAUCUUUAUUGCAUUGUGGCUGUGUGUGCCAUUCAUCCUUCUGAACCCCAUCUCCCUCGACAUCAGCUGGACAGCUGUCAAUCAUACUUACCAGCCACCUUGGAUUGGACAUGUAGAGACACAGGACAUCGGCAAAUUCCUAGAUGACUUUCUUGCUCUGAGUGUUGGAGCACUUGGCUUCCAGUGUUUUCACCAGAGGACCCUGUCCGCAUCCUCGCCGGUCAAGGCCCAGAUCACAUGCUUCGUUGCAGCAGUGAUGAUCAUCAUCCUGGGCAUUCCAUCCAUUCUGAUUGGAGCAGUGGCCGCAUCAACAGACUGGAAUCUAACGGACUACGGUGCCCCUUCUCCAUUUGAGCGUGGAGAGGCCUAUGGGGUCUUGCCCAUCUGUCUGCAGUACCUCGCCCCUCCAUACGUCUCCAUAGUAGGGAUCGCUGCUGUGGCUGCAGCCGUCAUGUCCUCAACGGACUCUGGUCUCAUCUCCAGCACGUCCAUGUUCAGCUCCAACAUCUACAAGAAUAUCAGAAAACAGGCCUCAGACCGAGAGAUGCAGUGGGUGAUCCGCAUAGCUGUUGUCGUGACCGGAGUGCUGGGGACAGCGCUGACCUUUCUCGACAACAGCAUUUUGGGAUUCUGGAUCCUCGGAGCAGACGUGGGAUACUGCAUCGUCCUGCCCCAGCUUAUCUGUGUCAUCUUCUGCCCCGUCUCCAACGGUUACGGAGCAACUGCAGGCUACUUCCUGGGUAUUCUGCUGAGGGUCUUGAGCGGAGAGCCCCUCAUUGGCCUCCCACCAACCAUCCAUUUUCCAGGCGGUGAAAUAGUGGAUGGCGUGUACAUCCAGCAAGCACCUGUCCGGACAGUGUCCAUGCUGUUCACACUAGUCUGUGUGCUGUUUUUCUCAUACGUGUUUGAACAACUAUUCCACCAUCAUAUACUUCCUGACAGAUGGGACGUCCUUGGGGUCAGCAAUGUGACGUCACCAAGGCUGGAACAAGCGAGCAAUAAUAACACUGAUGGACAGACAGUGUCAAUGAUGUCAGGCCCUGACAAAGGACAUUUGGAGAGGCACCGAGCAAAAGUGGACGAAAACACAAAGCUCUAGGAUUUGCCUGGAAGUGACGUUUAUGUAUGGAGUGCUAUUACAAACGAUGUAACUGUACGUAAUCAUCAGAACUUUUUAAUGCAUGGACUUCCCAUCCACAAAAGUAGUGGAGGAUCUUUGCUUACACAUUUGUGCCACAUGCACAGUAAGGGCGAAAUCCCUGUUCACAUCUUGGCAAACACGUCACCAUAAAUAUCACAUGAUACAUUAAUAUUAUUGAUUAUGAGGGCUAAUGGAGGAUUUGGCCAGUUAUGAAAUGUGCUAAAGAAGUGCUUUGAAUUGAAAGUCUGUCUUCACCAUGUUCAGAUUAC